UCAAAACCUAUAGGUUUUGCUAUAUAUGGUAGAGAGAGUUAGAACAUUAUAUAUAUAGCAGGUGCAUUAGUUCAAGAAAGUACAUAGUUCAUUCUCAUCAUCUUUAAGAGUGAUGGAGAAAAAUAUUUCUGGUGCAGAAUCAUGCAUGAAGAAGAAGGUGAAGCUAUUCGGAUUCGAGCUCGACUCAUGUCGAAAAAGGAAGGAAAUUUCAGAAGGAGAUGAAAGUGUGAAUUCAUCAUCCUCUUCUACUGUAACAUCUGGAAGAGAGAAGCCUGCCUUGGAGAAGGGAGAAAAUGAGAAAUUCAAUAACGAAAUAAGCCUUGUUCCUGAUAAAUUAGGGGUCGACCAAGAAAAAAAGAAAUUCGAGUGCCAAUAUUGUUUCAAGAAUUUUGCAAAUUCACAAGCACUGGGAGGCCAUCAAAAUGCCCACAAAAAGGAAAGAAUGAAGAAAAAAAGGCUCCAGCUUCAAGAAAGAAAGGGAAAUAUGAUCAAUUACUACAAGAAGAUUCAGCCCUUUCAGAAUUCUAACUAUCGUGGAUCUUCUGCAUGGCUUUAUGAUCCUUCAUGUCAUGCUCCAGCUGAGUUUACACUCUACGAGGAGUCUCAAAUCAGCUUCGACCCGUAUCAAACACGAGUUUUCAGCCUUAAGUGUCCUGUCGAUAAUAAAUCGAGAGAUAGAAGUACGAGACCUGUUGUUAUCAAACAACCCUCUUCUUCGCCUAAUUCGAAGAGUGAUUGUAAAUCGUUAGAUCUUAAGCUAGGAUUGAGCUUAAUUUAAUUUUCUUCUUGAUUCUUUUAAGUUAAUUGGGUUUUACACCACAUCUAUGGCUUCAAUAUUUAUUGCUGAAAUGCAAUGAGUUGUAUUAAUUGGAGAUUCAUAUACUUCUAUUAAUCAUUUUUAGAGUUUCA